AUGGCAAAUGAAGGUGAUCACAACGGUGAACCCACAUGGGGCUAUGAUGUUUUCAUCUGUUUUAGAGGGGAAGACACACGGUACACCUUCACAGGCAACCUCUACAAUGCUUUGUGCCAGAAGAAAGUGAAAACCUUCAUGGAUGACAAGGGGUUGAAAAGUGGCGACCAUAUUUCCUCUAUUCUUAAAGCCUUGGAAAAUUCAAGGCUAAUCACUGAGAACAUGGAGAAGAAGAAUCAACUAGUUUUUCCAAUCUUUUACGACGUGGAUCCAUCUGUUCCUUUAUCACAUGAAGGACUAAAGUCAUACAAGUUAUCCUCAUCAAGGACUAAACUACAAACAGUAUGUAAGAUAAAGGACUAG